AUGUUCAGCCCUGUCAACCGUGCGGUCAACCGCGCAGUCAGCCCCUCGACCUCCAUAGUAGAUGCGUCGAACAUGUCGACAUUUGCAUUCGGUGUAAUGGGACAGCCUGCUCAGCCGAGCGUAGAUACGGCCACAUAUUCCCGAAUCUUUCGCACGGCUCUCGCGAGGGCUCUACCGCGCAAAGUGUGGUUGGAUGAGUCCAAUACUAUCAACUUUCUGAAAGCGGUACCAAGCAAGCUCGCGAGUCGGGUCGACGUGAGCCUGGGAUGCGCAUUGAGCAUAGCAUACCUAGAAUUCGAAGCUACCCAGGCGGAUGAGAUGGCAUUGACUAUGAAGCCGACCAAGCCAUCAGUCGGUUCGAAGGCCGUCAAUCAGCCGAGAUACAUGGAGGGCCUUCAAUGGCGCGGCUUUGCUUCGAGGUGGAAUGAUAGGGCUAAGGAGGGUGAAGUGAGAACACCAGCGAAGUUGGACACAGACGUCAACAUCACGCUGCCCCGUCAAUGGGCACUAUUCCAGCCGCUUGAACGCCUGGACGACAUGAAACGCAUUGUCAUCGCUGCACACAGAGACAUGGACUGGAAGAAUGCUCUUGCACCCGGCUUGGACGGUGUCCGCCUCUUCAUUGUGACGACGCUCAUCUGGGCCUGGAACGUGAGGGGGCACGAAGAACGCACACAAUGGUCAUAUCUGGCAACCGACAUUGUGCAAGUUCUUCGUAUCUUGGUCGAACAGGAGAAGCUUCGAGGGGUACGGGAUCCGACAGCAGCCACACAGCAGGAAGGAUACACUGUCGUCGAUGGACACAAGAGGUCCGCUCGCAAGUGGAAGAAGAGUGCCAAGCUUCGGGCCUCAGAAAGUAGUAGGUGA